UCUUUUCCGUGUUCUAUCCAACAAUUUCUCUUCUCAUCGCUUUUUCUCUCUCUCUCGUUGUCAUUGCUCUUUCUCUCCCGUCGGAUUCGUAGCAUAUUCUCAAGAUGCAGAUCUUUGUGAAAACUCUCACUGGCAAGACCAUCACCCUCGAGGUGGAAAGCUCUGACACCAUCGAUAAUGUCAAAGCUAAGAUUCAAGACAAGGAGGGUAUCCCACCGGACCAGCAGAGGCUGAUCUUCGCCGGCAAGCAGCUCGAGGACGGCCGAACCCUUGCCGAUUACAACAUUCAAAAGGAGUCCACCCUCCAUUUGGUGCUCCGCCUCCGUGGUGGUAUGCAGAUCUUCGUCAAGACCCUCACUGGGAAAACCAUUACCCUUGAGGUUGAGAGCUCUGACACCAUUGAUAACGUAAAGGCCAAGAUUCAAGAUAAGGAGGGCAUCCCCCCAGACCAGCAGAGGCUGAUCUUCGCUGGCAAACAGCUUGAAGACGGUCGAACCCUUGCCGAUUACAACAUUCAGAAGGAAUCUACCCUUCAUUUGGUGCUCCGUCUCCGUGGUGGAAUGCAAAUCUUUGUUAAGACCCUCACCGGAAAAACCAUCACCUUGGAGGUUGAAAGUUCCGACACCAUUGAUAAUGUGAAAGCCAAGAUUCAGGACAAGGAGGGAAUUCCCCCAGACCAGCAGAGGUUGAUCUUUGCCGGCAAACAGCUCGAGGAUGGACGUACCCUGGCCGACUACAACAUCCAGAAGGAGUCAACCCUCCACUUGGUUUUGCGUCUCCGUGGUGGGAUGCAGAUUUUUGUUAAGACCCUCACUGGCAAGACCAUCACAUUGGAGGUUGAAAGCUCAGACACCAUUGACAAUGUCAAGGCCAAGAUUCAAGACAAGGAGGGCAUUCCCCCAGAUCAGCAGAGGUUGAUCUUUGCCGGCAAACAGCUCGAAGAUGGGCGUACCCUGGCCGACUACAACAUCCAGAAGGAGUCGACCCUUCACUUGGUUUUGCGUCUACGUGGUGGGAUGCAAAUUUUUGUGAAGACACUCACUGGCAAGACCAUUACCUUGGAGGUAGAAAGCUCGGACACAAUCGACAAUGUUAAGGCCAAAAUUCAGGACAAGGAGGGCAUUCCCCCGGACCAGCAGAGGUUGAUCUUUGCGGGUAAGCAGCUCGAGGACGGCAGGACCCUUGCGGACUACAACAUCCAGAAGGAGUCGACACUUCACUUGGUGCUGCGUCUGCGUGGUGGUAUGCAGAUUUUUGUGAAGACCCUUACCGGGAAGACGAUCACCUUGGAGGUCGAGAGCUCGGACACCAUUGACAAUGUGAAGGCAAAGAUCCAGGACAAGGAGGGCAUUCCCCCCGACCAGCAGAGGCUGAUCUUUGCCGGUAAGCAGCUCGAGGACGGGAGGACCCUGGCGGACUACAACAUCCAGAAGGAGUCUACCCUCCACCUUGUCCUCCGUCUCCGUGGUGGAUUCUAAGUCGCAUGCUUUGUUGCUCUAUCGUUUUUAUGUGGUUCCAGUUGGGUCUGUCGGCCUUUAGUGGGGCCUUUCAAUAAGUUUCCAAACUCUGUUUCGUACUAUUAUGUUUUCUGGUUUUUUCACUUUCGAGUGGCCGAUGGGUCACAAAGACUGCCUUUUAUAACAUGUAAUUAAAUAUCGUCUAAUCUCUGUUUUCUGUUUAUUUCUUCCUUCCUAUUUUAUUGUC